AAAGCUGUUCUUGAAACUAAAGUCAUGGUAUCGUGUGACACAUAUCAUUUUCACCUUUAAAAAAAAAAGAUUGAUUUUUUUUUUCUUUUCUUUUACUUUUAAAAAAGUGAAGCAUAUUUACUAGAGUGUGUACAGUACAAAACCAGAAGCUUCAUCUCACUAUACUAUGGUUACAUAUCUAAAGAGCAGAGAAUAUUGAUUCUCUUCAUCAAAAUAGCUUUAGUAUUAUUACUUAUAGCUAAAACAGCCAAAACUAGAGUUACCCAUUUGGGAAAAACACGAUCUUUUUUCUUUUUUCUUUCUCCAUAGACAAGCAAUGGGAGGUUCCAUAACCAGGCCUCGAAACCCAUCAUUUUCCUUCAUUUUCUUGCUGUUUCUCACUCUUUCAUGGACUUUCCAGACGACCCUUUUAGUUAUUGGAGCCCCACAAUCCAAACAACCCAUCAAAACCGUUGUAGUUUUGGUUAUGGAGAAUAGGUCUUUCGAUCACAUGCUUGGGUGGAUGAAGAAAGCCAUUAACCCAGUUAUCAAUGGAGUUAAUGGAGAUGAAUGCAACCCUGUUUCUACCAAGAACCCGAAACCCGAAACGAUUUGUUUCACUGAUGAUGCUGAGUUUGUGGAUCCGGAUCCGGGUCACUCUUUUGAAGCUGUGGAGCAACAGGUAUUUGGGUCUAGCUCAUUUCCUUCAAUGUCUGGUUUUGUAGAACAAGCUCUUUCAAUGUCUCCAAAUCUUUCUGAAACUGUCAUGAAAGGGUUUAGACCCGGAUCCGUACCCGUUUAUGCCUCUUUGGUUAGUGAAUUUGCAGUGUUUGAUAGAUGGUUUUCUUCAAUUCCUGGUCCAACACAACCCAAUAGGCUUUUUGUGUACUCUGCUACUUCUCAUGGCUCAACGAGUCAUGUUAAGAAGCAAUUAGCACAAGGGUAUCCACAAAAGACCAUAUUUGAUUCAGUUCAUGACAAUGGUUUGGACUUUGGGAUUUACUUUCAGAACAUUCCCACUACUCUUUUCUAUAGGAAUAUGAGAAAAUUGAAGUACAUAUUUAAGUUUCAUCAGUUUGAUUUGAAGUUCAAGAAGGAUGCUAGGAAUGGUAAGCUCCCAAGUUUAACUGUGAUUGAACCAAGGUACUUUGAUCUAAAGGGAAUUCCUGCUAAUGAUGAUCACCCUUCUCAUGAUGUUGCUAAUGGUCAAAAGUUAGUAAAAGAAGUCUAUGAGGCACUUAGAGCAAGUCCACAGUGGAAUCAGACCCUUUUGGUGAUUACUUAUGAUGAACAUGGUGGAUUCUUUGAUCAUGUCAAAACACCUUAUGUUAAUGUUCCUAACCCAGAUGGGAACACAGGCCCAGCUCCUUAUUUCUUCAAAUUUGAUAGGCUUGGUGUUCGUGUCCCAACAAUUAUGGUCUCUCCUUGGAUCAAGAAAGGGAUUGUGGUAAGUGGCCCUAAAGGACCAACACCAAACUCUGAGUUCGAGCAUUCUUCAAUCCCUGCUACCAUCAAGAAAAUAUUCAACCUCUCCUCAAACUUUUUGACUCACAGAGAUGCAUGGGCUGGAACUUUUGAACAUGUUUUUGGAGAACUAACAUCUCCUAGGACUGACUGCCCUGUGACCUUGCCAGAAGUGACACCUUUGAGAACCACAGAAGCUAAAGAAAACAGUGGACUAUCUGAGUUUCAGAGUGAGGUAGUACAGUUGGCUGCUGUUCUUAAUGGAGAUCAUUUCUUGAGUAGUUUCCCAGAUGAAAUGGGGAAGAAGAUGAGUGUCAAAGAAGCUCAUGAGUAUGUUAAAGGGGCUGUUUCAAGGUUCAUAAGAGCUAGUAAAGAGGCCAUCAAGUUAGGGGCAGAUGAGUCAGCAAUUGUAGAUAUGAGAUCAUCUCUCACAACCAGAUCCUCCAUUCACAACUAGCUGGACUUGUUGGAUUUCCUACUUAGAUCUUCUAAGUUCAUAAUUUACAUGUAUACUGAUCGUGUUCCUCAUUAGAUUAGGUAUUUGUGUAUUGUUAUUGAAUUGGUACUGGUUUUGUAAUAAUAGUGAAAAAAGCAAAGUAAGCAACUGCUUAGCUUAAAAAAAUGAAAAAAGAAAAAAGCAAAGUAAGCAGUUGAUUUGAGCCUUUAUACUGUUUGUAUUGUGUUUGAAAUAACUUGUUUUGCUUUGUGUUAUUCAACUUAUGAGUCAACAAAAACAGCUUUGUAGAGAAGCUUUUGUCAAAA